AUGUACAUCACUCUCUACUUCAUAGUCACCCGCCUCCCUGACUCUCUUAGCAAUGUCACGGACAUCCUUCUAGCUGUUGACCCCACCACCCUCACUGUCGACCUGCUCGAGAAGCACAUCUUUGCAGCUGAGACUAGCAUAGUCGCUGGAGGCGCUUCUCGUGACACUCAUCGCACCCCCUUCUUUGAGGGGUGUUCGCCCUCCCCCCUUCUCCCCUCGGUCGCGUCUGUUGCCGCUGUUGACUACCUUCGUGCUGAGGAGGGAUGCAGGGGCGGUGGGGGCGGCAGAGGUGGAGGCGGUGGUGGGGGCGAUGGAGGCGGUGGAGGGGGCAGCGGUGUCGGAGGGAGUGGUGGUGGGGGUGGAGGUGUAGGUGGCGGCACUGGUGGCGGUAGUGGUGGAGGCAGUGGUGGCGGCAGUGGGAGUGGAGGUGGUGACAUUGGUGGUGGUCGGGGUGGUACGAGUCAGAGAAGAGGCCUGGGCAGGGGUCAGAGACAGCAGCAGCGUCAGCUUUCGCCCCAGGAGCUACGUGAGUGGUUUGCUCAGCGUGGGGCGGCUGGGGGUAGUGGUCCCUGCCCGUAUGUCAUUCGCACGGGUGACCGCACUGGUUAG